CUGGCUCACAACUACAUGGAACCAGCGCAGCUCCUACCUCCGGAUGAAGUCGAUGUCUUCUUCAACCACCUCGACUCCCAGGGCAAUCCCUACUACGCCAAUUCUGCCCACGCCCGGGCCAGGGUCUCCUACAGCCAGGCACACGCCCGCCUGACCGGGAGUCAGAUGUGCCGACCUCACCUUCUCCACAGCCCCGGGAUCCCUUGGCUGGACAGCAGCAAGGCGGCACUGUCCGCCCAUCACCACAACCCCUGGACCNGCAGCAGCACGUCCAGCACCGCCUCUGCCUCUUCGCUCACCCCGGCCUCACACUCCAGCUCCCACCUCUUUGGCUUCCCUCCGACCCCUCCCAAGGAAGUGUCCCCAGACCCUAACUCCACCAGCGCCGCCUCCCCAUCCUCCUCUGCCGGGGCCCGGCAGGAGGACAAAGACAGCAUCAAGUACCAGGUCUCACUGUCAGAGGGGAUGAAGAUGGAGAGUGCCAGCCCGCUGAGGAGCAGCCUUGCCAGCAUGGGGGCCCAGCCCUCAACUCACCACCCCAUCCCCACAUACCCCUCCUAUGUGCCAGCCGCACAUGACUACAGCAGCAGCCUCUUCCAUCCUGGCAGCUUCUUGGGGGGCCCUGCAUCCAGCUUCACUCCCAAGCCACGGAGCAAGGCCAGGUCCUGUUCGGAAGGCAGAGAGUGUGUGAACUGUGGAGCAACUGCUACCCCUCUCUGGAGAAGAGACGGCACUGGGCAUUACCUGUGUAACGCCUGCGGGCUCUACCACAAAAUGAACGGUCAAAACCGACCUCUCAUUAAACCCAAGCGAAGGCUGUCAGCGGCCAGGAGAGCAGGGACUUGUUGUGCCAACUGUCAGACAACCACCACAACCUUAUGGCGACGUAAUGCUAACGGGGACCCAGUUUGUAAUGCCUGUGGACUCUACUAUAAAUUGCACAAUGUGAACAGGCCUCUGACCAUGAAGAAGGAAGGAAUUCAGACCAGGAAUAGGAAAAUGUCCAACAAAUCAAAGAAAAGCAAGAAAGGCUCGGAGUGUUUUGAGGAACUGUCCAAGUGCAUGCAGGAGAAAUCCUCUCCCUUCAGCGCUGCUGCCCUUGCUAGUCACAUGGCGCCCAUGGGCCAUUUGCCACCUUUCAGCCACUCUGGACACAUCCUACCAACACCUACCCCCAUCCACCCAUCUUCCAGCAUCUCAUUUGGACAUCCACACCCAUCCAGCAUGGUUACAGCCAUGGGAUAAAACCUGAUGACCAAGAGACCCACCCAGAGAUUGAAGAACAUGGGGCUUUGCCUAACACGACACCAAGUAAGAAAAUGUUCUGCCAAGAGGAGAAUGUAGGGAUGACAAAGGGGAUCUUUGCUCCCAUGUGGUUUAACUCUUAAUGCUGGCCUAAAACCUUGCAAGUGAUGUGUCUUCUGCAGAAACGUAGUGGUGCUUGUAAUGCACUUUGCCCCCUCAGGUAUAAGGAAAAAGAACUCACCUGUUCGAUACUUCAUGGUCCAGUGGGAAGCAAAAGGUGGCAGAAGCUGAAGGAAAAGGCUUGGAACUGGCUUUCCUUUCUCUCUUUGUCAUUACUGUGAAUAUUGUAAAGAGAUCUAAGCAGCCUCCCAGGAUGGAAUCGGCUCACUAGAAGCCAGACAUGCUGGAUUUCUAUCGUGGACUUUCUUUGGAAUGGGGAAAAAAAGAAGAAAAAAAAAAAGAGGACAUCUUUAUAAGCCGUAAUUUUUAAAAUGAAAUCAGACACAAAGUCAUAUUUAUUUUGCUCUUGUUUUCCA